AGACGGGGCGAGCGCGAGUGCGUUGUACAGCUUGGACAUCAACAGUCCUGUACAGUCUUCAGUUUUUUUCUCACUCGUAAUACCGCAGUCGUGACGGUAAUACGGGUUAAUAAUGCAAUCUAAUAGACAUCGUGUCCGCAUGAAAGGUUUGUGAUGGUGAUUUAUUAUUAUCUUUAAUGAUAGCCUAAACGACUUAUCGAAACGAGUAGAAAAACGGGACGCUUCAGACUUAUUUGUUGUCCUUUUUCUAAAUGUACAUAAAAGAGGACACAAACAUUUCCUGAGUCAAUGAGAUUGUUCGUUUUUUAUCACAAAAUCAUCAUCCACUGACUGCUCUACCAGCUCACCUUGGAAGGAGAGAAUGGAGGGAUACUUACCUCAUGCCUCAACAAAGUCAUUCAUGAGGCAAGCCUUUCCCGGCACCAGCACUCAAUAGACCAGCAUGGAGAGAGCAGGACUAGAAACAGGAGCAGCAAAUGACAGAGAUCAAGGGAAGACACCAUUAGCAAGGAGUGGGGACCUGGGUCCUGAACGUUGGCAACGUAAUGGAUUGAUCAAUACCCAUAACUUAAUGGUGGGGACUAAGGAAGGACUGGUGUCGGCCUAUUCUGCCCCACAGUAUCAGGGCCACGUAGUGUCCAAGGACAAAAACGGGACACAGGAUGGAAGAGGACCUCCGCAGUUGCUAAACCCCAGUGCUCUUCCUCAAGCUCUAGAUCCUUACUACAGGCCCAACCUCAUUCUUUACCCUGAGAGCAUGCUGAGAGCGUGGGGUGAAGGAGGGGACUGUUGUGAGACCACCUUUAUUGAGGAAAUGACCCCUGCUAAUUCUGGCUCUGCUAAAGAUGGAAUAGUAUUCACUGACACCAGGCUUCUGGAUCUGUCUAUGGAAGACGCCAAGGUCCAAACACUUUCCUGUGAUGUAGAUGAUGACGAUGAUGACUUUCAAGAAUUUGAGAGUGAGUACUCGAGUGAUUCAGAAAGUGAAGACAAUUUCCUCAUGAUGCCCCCGAGGGAUCAUCUGGGCCUCAGCGUUUUCUCCAUGCUUUGCUGUUUCUGGCCCCUUGGCAUUGCAGCUUUCUACCUGUCACAUGAGACAAACAAGGCACUGAACAAAGGGGAUUUUCACCACGCAAGCUCCAGCUCCAGACGCGCUCUCUUCCUGGCCGUUCUUGCCAUCACCAUCGGGACUGGCAUCUAUGUGGGCGUGGCCGUGGCACUUAUCGCAUACCUCUCCAAAAACAAUCACUUGUAGCCUUGUCUUCUCCAGCAUUUCCCAUCAGCAGUCGGAUGAAGACCGGAUCACUUCAAGGCCAGCUGAGCUUUUUUAUAGGACUCACCAGCAAAGUCUUUCUCUCUCGUGCUCUUGUAAAAGUCACGUUUCUGGUAAAAUGUCAUUUGUGCACAGUAUAUAUUAUCAUGGGACUGUGCGCCAUGUGACAUCAAUAUUGUUUGUGUUCACCGUUUGUUCAACGUUAAGGGCAAAUUGGCACAAAGUUCAAGUCGAUAUAAAAUCAGAAGUGACCCUAUUUACAUACAGUACAGUACAUUUAUGACAGUGUUGUAGUUGAUUCCAACUCGAGUCCGAGUCACGGCCAAGACCAGCGAUCAAGUGUCGAGUCUGUGUCCACAUUACAACACUGAUCCCUGGUCGUAUUUUGCACAAUUUGUACACCACUUUGCAGGCAAAAAAUGCUUUGUGAUAGAGUCCACGUAUUUGAAUUAAAUCUUAUAGUCAUGCAAGCAACAUAUAAUUCUCAGUGUUAAAAAAUGUUAAGGUACGUUUGACCAAUUUCUCAUUUUCAGAAACUACUUUCAGCAGAUAGAAGUUUUAAUGUUGCGUCACUAAUGUAAGUUUUUAGGACGGAUCCACUUUUAGCAAUGGCACCCUCUUGCUUUCAACCACAUUGUAUGUAUUAAAGGGACGCUACACUUUUUUUUGAAAAUAUGCUCAUUUUCCAGCUCCCCUAGAGUUAAACAUUUGAUUUUUACUGUUUUGGAAUC